AUGUAUCCACGACGGAAGGCAUCACGCAAAAGCAGCGACGGAUGCCAAGCAGAAAAGGCAAAAAAAGACGUCACAGGGGAUAUUCGAACAGAGGGGCAAAACUCGUUUGUUUUGGCUUAUAAGGGGUGUUGGGAUGAGGCGCAGCGGGGGGCUGUGAUUGGCCGGGAUACAGGUGGGGGUGAGUCAUACCGAGCUGGAGGGGUGGGAGCUUUGGCUGGGUGGAUGUUUGCUUGUGUCAGCUGGGAUGCUGAUGUGGGGCUGUCAUUGAGUACUGGAGCUGUGCUUUGUGUUUGUAGGACAUUGGGUGCACGAGAAGCAAAAAAAGAUGCCACAAAGACUGCUCGAACAAAGGAACAAAAAGUGAAGGCUCCAAAGAGGAGCAAGCUUUUGAAUAGAUUAUCUCUGAGUAAUUCAGCUACUUCACUGAAUAUCAACUUGUUUGUUUUGACUUAUAAGGGGUGUUUGUCUGGGAUGCCUGAUGUGGGGCUAGUGCUGAGGGAGCAAAGAGGAAAUUAUGUAGCAGUAUGCAUCUACAUGACAAAGAAGGACGAGAUGUAG